GGCGUAGCACUUGUUCCGAUCCCGGCAAUAUGAUUGUAUGGAAAAUUUCCUGUGUACAUGUCAAAGCAUUUAAAAGUUGAUUUUAUUUUUGGGAAGAAAACAAUUUUAAAUUGAUAUAACUCGGGGAAAUUAAAAAAAGGAGAGAGAGAUUUAUUACGCCGUCUGGAGUCUUCUCACCUGCGACUGCGAUCCCUUUCCUCAUAGCGUGGGAACGCGUAGGGUUUUGAUUUUCUGUUCUGCGCAAAAUUACUCCAUUUCAGUUUUCAUAUGGCGCUAUCACCCUCCUAGAACCCACAACAUUCCUGGUCGAAUACGUCAGAAUCAGCCGUCAUGGCGAUUCGGUUCACCGUCAAGUACUCGGCGUCCGUCGCCUCUAACAUGACGGCUUCGUGCGCCGCGUCCGGGAAAUUCUUUGGAUCCCGGUUCGUCGAUGAUUGCAUACAGAGAUCCCGCAUCUUUCAGCACCCUCCCUCGCAGAAGCCGGACUCCAAUUACGCCGACUUCCGCCGCACUAAAUGGAAGAGAAAUCCGAUCAACCCGACCCCCGCCUUGUGCUCUAAACUGGCCGGAGAGAUUCUCGGAGGAAAUUCCCAGUCGCCGUUGGUGCUCGGAUUAAUUUCCUUGUUGAUGCAGUCAGUGGGGACUUCUUCGAGCUCGACUGUUUUGGGUAUUUCGCCCCUGAAGGCGUCUUCGGCCAUUUCCUUUUUCCGGCUUUCUAAGUGGUUGCCAUGUAAUGAACCUUCUUUUAGGGAGGUGGAUAGAGAAACCCUAGCUGGCGGCAGCAGCGGAGAAGCAGUCAAUGCAAAGAGUGUUGGUGGUUUGAAGGUAUUAGCGGCGGCAGCCAGUGGUGAUGGUGAUAGACGUGUGGGCGUUUCACCGGAGAGGAUUUCUGGUGUUAGUAAUAGUUGGUAUUUGAAAUUGAAGAACUUGGGCUUCACCUCGGAAGAUGCCAAGGCCACUUUUACUGCUUUAAGCAUUCGCAUUCUGUUUAAGUCGACUUUGGCCGAGCCAAGGUCUAUUCCCACCACUUCAAUGUACCCUACCCUUGAUGUGGGUGAUCGAAUUCUAGCGGAGAAGGUCUCUUAUUUAUUCAAGAAGCCUGAAGUCUCGGAUAUUGUGAUUUUUAAAGCUCCUUUAAUUCUUCAGGAAAUCGGUUUUAGUUCAUCCGAUGUGCUCAUCAAAAGAGUUGUAGCAAAAGCUGGUGACUAUGUAGAAGUUCGUGAUGGGAAAUUGUUGGUCAAUGGGAUUGCUCAAGAUGAAGAUUUCAUAUUGGAACCUCUUGAGUAUGAAAUGGAUCCAGUGCUUGUACCUGAGGGCUAUGUAUUUGUGCUGGGAGACAAUAGGAAUAACAGCUUUGAUUCUCAUAACUGGGGUCCAUUGCCUAUUGAAAACAUUGUUGGUAGAUCAGUCUUCCGGUACUGGCCUCCUUCUAGAGUUUCUGAUACAAUGUACGCCACAUCCCAGGGGGGCAGAACUGUGGCAUGUUCUUGAUGCGUUGCCUUCUGGUUUAUUCAGAUGGUUUAUUUAAUCUGUUUUUAUCACAACUCAUCAACUCUGUUAUUUAUUUAACCUUCUUACUCCUUCCAUACCCGAGUGCUGGAUUAGAUUUCCUUCUAAAGUGUUCUCUUUCAUGCGGGAUAAACUUUACUACAUUGACGAGUUGGCUGCAGUGCCAGUGAGUCUGCCAGAUAAUGAGACUAGCACGAGGCUGGCAGGCUGCUUCUGUAUUGCGGUGGAAACUACAAGAGCCUUUUUGAAGAUGGCGAUUAUCAAAGUUAUUCCAUUUCAACUGCUUUCAAAGAAUCAAUUGUUACAAAUGGCAGAUGAGAGUACAUGCUAUUUUUGUUUUAAUUUCCAUUCUAUUUUUGUAGACUUGUUGGAUUCUUAGUUUUCAUUUUUCUUCCAUUCCUCCGCAUGAUGGUAUUAGUGUCUUAUAUAUAGCCAAAAUAAUUUGUAUAGAUAGCUCCUCCGUUGUGGGGUGAAGUCAUGAAUAAGUAGGGGAUCCUAACUAGGCCGAUAUCUACAUGUAUUUUGGAAACUUGUAUCCGUGGUUCUUAUUUCAAGUGUAGAUCCUCAACUCUCCCCCGUGUUUGGGAUUCGACUUAAUGUGAGUUUUCAUUUUAUGAUC